UGUUGUCAACUGUUCAACUUCUCCGGAGCGAUUCACCAUCUAUGUACAUUUCUAAUCAACAAUGAGAAAGAGAAGAAGCGCCUCACAAAAAUCUGCCGCUGCCGCUCAAGGUAGCGCCGCCAGCAGCAUGAACAAUGGUGGUGGCGGUAGCAAUAACAUGUUCUCAGCGUUUGAAUUUAGUAAUGAUGAAGAGUUACAGGUUGAGGCACAUGCCCGCGAAGCCGUUGCCAAAUUCGGAAUUCAAAGCCCUAGCAACAAAUCCGUACGCCGCCCUAAAUCCAUUGACAAAUACGAUUUCCUUGUGUGCUUUACACAAGGAAUCCAAAGUAAACAAAAACAUCUUGUGAAUGAUGAUGAGUUGGGGGUUGCUGCUACUGAUGGUGAAAUAUCGCUUGGUUCUUCAAACCAUGAACCGCGAACUCUUUCUCCUCUAGAGUGUCAAAGCCCAGUAAGUACUUCUGGGGUAAAAUCCUGCUCAAGAAGAAGGAGGAAACCAGGAUGGCAUUCAGCUAGCAAGAAGCAUGAGGCAGUGGUGGUUGUUGCUCCCUAUUAUGUUAAACUUGAGAAAAGAUAUCAUAGAGGAUGUGUCUUUACCUUUUCUCAGAGAUGCAUCAGAUUGGAGGGUUUGCCACUUUGUGAUAGAAAGGGGACUCAUUGUGUUGAAUGGCCAACCUCUGAUAUUUUAAAUAUUGAGCAUCAGCAUUACGAUAAAGGUGAAGUCAUCAACUUACAGUUGAGGUACAAGGAUGCAAAUGGUGAUGAAACUGGUAGUUUGGAGCUGGAGUUUGUCGUUCUCGAUGAUCCUCAGUGGUCUGAGAAACAAGAAGAAAUAAAAUCAUUGGAUUUGAACUAUGACGUUUCCUGGAAAACAAGUGUAACUGAAUGUUGUUUUGAAGAGUCGUUUGAAGAAGUUGUGUACCCAGAUGGGGAUCCUGAUGCAGUCAUCAUAAGUAGAAGGGACAUUGAGCUAUUACAGCCUAGGACUUUCAUCAAUGACACCAUCAUUGACUUCUAUUUUAGAUAUCUUCAAACUAAAAUCAAGGCGGAGGAGUACAGGUUCCACUUCUUCAACACAUUUUUCUUUCAGAAGCUUGUUGCUGGAGGCCGUGGAGGAAGAAAUGCCUUUCUAAGUGUUCGUAAAUGGACAAAAAAUGUGAACCUAUUUGAAAAAGAUUAUAUAUUCAUACCUAUAAACUUCAGCUUGCAUUGGAGUUUGAUUAUUAUCUGCCAUCUUGGGGAAGCGGCUCAAUUGAAAAGCAAGAAUACGGAUCAUGCAUCUAAAGUUCCGUGCAUUCUACACAUGGACUCAAUCAGAGGAAGCCAUGGAGGGUUAGAAAAAUUGAUUAAAAGUUACUUGUCAGAAGAAUGGAAAGAGCGAGGGAAUGAACGGCAAGAAGAAAUUGCAGUGAAGUUUAGGCAGUUGGACUUUGUUUCACUCCAGCUACCACAGCAAGGAUAA